AUGGUUGAGGGCGCCAUAGCUGACAUUAGAUUCCCCGGUUUAAAUCCUGGCCACCCUGCUGCUUCCGAGCUGUCUGAAUGCAGCGAGUUACCUGUCGUCACUGAGACUUAUUUCAAAAACCUGUGGACGAUGAACCAGUUCCCAAGCAGGGGCACCCCUUACUUCGGCAGCAAGAUCAGACUCAUUUCCAAGGUGGAGAUCUGCUACAAGGUCAUCCUCUACACCAUGGACACCGAGAACUCCACUGUAGCUCUCACCAAAGUUCAGUCAUUUGGUACAGAAGACAUACCAACGGAUAGUACAAUACCACCUCGAGAUGAAGUAUUUGAGUACAUUAUAUUCCACGGGAGUGAUAUUGAAGACCUCACUCUUUGUGAGCCACCAAAACCACAAUGUUAUUUGCCUCAGGACCCAGCGAUCAUUCUGUCAUCACUAGACUCAUCUACUUCUUCAUUCCAGUCAGAGGGUUCCUAUGGACUUUUUGGCAGGAUGUCAACGUACAGCCAGUUCAGUCCAAGUUCAUUAGUUGGGCAGCAAUUUAGUGCUGUUUCUGUGGGUCAUUCAAGCCCUCAGUUAGACCCUUUGAGAAAAAGCCCAACCAUGGAACAAGUAGUACAGACGGCCUUGGCCCACUUACCUGCUCCAGCACCUGUUGGGAGAAGGAGCCCUGUAACAACCAGGCCUGUACCAUCUACCAGCCAAAAAGCAAUAGAGAAUCAAGAGCACAGAUGAGCUGAAGCACACAAAGUGUCAAGACCAGAAAAUGAGCAACUCAGAAAUGAUAGCAAGAUAAAAGUAGUUCCAGGUGGCCCUUCAGCUCCAACGAGGGGACAUGAGAGUCAUCAAGGUGGCAGAGGAAGAUUUGGUAUUUGAGAUGGUGCAAUGAAAUUUGAGAAAGACUUUGACUUUGAAAGUGUGAAUGCACAAUUUAAUAAGGAGGAAAUUUAUAGAGAAUUUCAUAAUAAACUUAAAUUAAAAGAAAAUAAAUUUGAGAAACAGGAGAAGCCUGUAAAUGGUGAAGAUAAAGGAGACUCUGGAGUUGCUACCCAAAACAGUAAAGGAAAUGCUGAUGAAGAAGAUACACUUGGGCAUAAUUGCUAUUAUGACAAAACUAAAUCCUUCUUUGAUGAUAUUUCUUGUGAUGAUAAUAGAGACUGGAAAGCAACCUGUGCUAAAGAAAGAUGGCUAUAUGUGGAAACAUUUGGAAUCCCACUUCAUCCAAACCAUGGCCAUGGUGUGUACAGAGGCAGAGGAGGUCUUGGUUUCCAUGGUGGCAGAGGGUGUAGUGGUGGCGCAGGUGGUAUAUUAACCAGCCCUCCAGGAUUUUGUGGCAGGUUUGGAGGAGGUCGUGGAGGCAGAGAAUUUUCAGAUUUUGAAUAUAGGAAAACCACAGUUUUUGGACCUUAA